AUGCACUUCUCAACCAUUAUCAUCACUCUCUUUUCCGCCGGCGUCCUCGCCCAGAACGGAUGCGGCUUCCCGGAUGGACCUGACUGCCAGUCCCUCGGCAAGGGCGCGAACGGUCUGGAACAGUUCGCAGACCCUGAUGGCUGUUGUUUGCUGCCCCUCCGCUGCGGCAACGGCGAUGGUGGCGAGAGAUGCGAGCGUGUGAGCGGGGCCGGUGCAGGCGGCGCGACCAACAACAACAAUGCCAACACUGGUAAUACUGGUAACACUGGCAAUGCGAGGAACGGAAGGAACAGAAAUAACGCGAACAAGAAGAGACGUAUCUAGUUCUCAUUAUGUUACAAUGAAUAAUUUACUGUUGUUAUAUGCAAUGAUUCUUGAGAGUUGAUCGCUGAUACUUGAUGAUAGACAUUUUUCUGAAAUACUGAGAUCAACUUCCCUGAUAAUAAGGAAAAGAAUGUUACAAGCCAUAGCUAAAGUAGGCCGUCUUAGUCAGUCUCGUCAAUCACGCUUCCUUGGCACACUGCUUAUAUGAUAUAUGUCUUGCGCGGGGCUAUGCACGCCGACCUUUAAGUGAAAAAGUUGGAAGCAGGUGCCAGGGACAGGAAUAAAAUGG